AUGGGCGGACGCCAAUCCACGGUGGGCGGCGAGGAUCGACCAAGGUCAAAUUCCGUCGGCACCUCGUCCGCCCUCGCCGGUGAACGUCCUGCUCCUCGUGGACCUAGCCGCUCGGUGAUCUCAACUGCAGAUAUUUUUCAGACGCUACGUGCAAGCCGGGUGAUCUCUUCCGAUGAUUCUGACGAGGAACAGGCCGGGCCCUCGAGGGCACACCUUCCACCGUCUGGGCCUCGUCAGGGCGCCGUUAGGCACCACAGCCAUCACGGCAGCACCUCCACCUCAAAUUCGCGCACGCGCAACCAGCGUGUCCAUGUUCUCCGUCGUCCCAUGGGCCUUUUCAUGCUAGACGUCACUUGCCCGGUGUGCCAGAAGCGAAUCCCCUCCGAUGAAGUCGACGUUCAUCUCGUCAUGUGCUUCACCCGUCCGAAAAUCACUUAUAACGAUGACGUGCUCACCGAGGACAAGGGCGAAUGUACCAUCUGCCUUGACGAGAUGCUGCAGGGAGAAACGAUUGCCCGCCUGCCAUGCCUCUGCAUUUAUCACAAGACGUGCAUUGACGACUGGUUCAAGCGUAAGAAUUGCUGCCCGGAGCAUCCUGGAGAUGAU